AUGAUGUCAGCAUCUAGCAAAUCAGCAGCGGCAUUACGUCUCAUGACAGACUUGAAGAUGAUCCGAAAAGAGCCUCCGGAGGGCUGUAGCGCCGGUCCUAUCCUCGACGACAACAUCUUCGCAUGGGAGGCGACGAUACUUGGGCCUGCCGACACUCCGUGGGAGGAUGGAAUAUACAACAUGUAUCUGACAUUCCCGGAACGGUAUCCCGAAGAGGGGCCCACAGCUCGAUUUCAGACGGAGAUGUUUCACCCCAAUAUUCAAGAGAAUGGGAAAGUAUGUCUGGACAUCAUUCAGGAGAACUGGUCGCCCGUUUACACGGUAAACAUGAUUUUGAUGUCAAUUCAAUCACUGCUGGCGGAUCCUAACCCCAACAGCGCGGCAAACUCGGAGGCGGCUCAGAUCUAUCACCGGGAUCGGAAUGCUUACGAGAAGAAGGUUCGGGAGUGCGCUGCGAAGAGCAUAAACUUGUAG